AUGGAAGCCGCGUGGCCGCACCUGCAAAUAGUCUACGAAUUCCUGCUUAUGUAUGUCGUCUCUAACGAGACCGACCAGAGGCUCCUAAAGCGUUUCAUCGACCAGCAGUUCAUCUUAAAGCUGCUGAACCUGUUCGACUCGGAGGACCCGCGCGAGCGGGACUAUUUGAAGAGCAUUUUACACCGCAUUUACUUCAAAAUCAUGGGUCACCGGCCGUUCAUCCGCAAGGCGAUUAACAACAUUUUCGACCAGUUUAUCGAGUCAGAGCGUCAUAAUGGCAUUGCGGAGUUGCUGGAGUUCAUAGGAAGCUUUGUCAAUGGGUUCGUGCUGCCUCUUAAACAGGAGCAUACGCAAUCCCUGGAGCGAGUGCUGGUUCCUCUGCACAAGCCUAAGUGCGUGGCGAUGUAUCACCAGCAGCUGUCGUACUGCAUCACUCAGUUUGUGGAAAAAGACCCGAAGCUCGCAGAUUUGGUGCUGCGCGGGUUGCUUAAGUUCUGGCCCUUAUCUAACAGCCAGAAUGAGCUGCUUUUCCUGGAGGAGUUGGAGGAGAUUUUGAACCUUACCCAGGUGCCCGAGUUUCAGAUGGUCAUGACGCCGCUGUUCCAGCAGAUCGCGUGCUGCCUCAGCUCCUCGCACUCUGAGGUGGCGGAGUGCACGCUGCUCCUGUGGGACAACGACUACUUCAUAACGCUCAUGGUGGCGGUGCGAGCGCUGUUCCUGGGGAACAACGACUACAUCGUGACACUGGUGGCUCAGAAUCGCGCCACCAUCCUGCCGCUCAUCUUCCCCGCCCUCGAGCGCAACGCCAGAAGCCAUCAGAACGAGCUUAACCCUCUCCCACUGCAUCUCCCCUUGCUUCACUCAUCCUCGCUCCAUCUCCCGCCUCCCCGCCUCGCCUCCCCCUCCUCCCCGCCUCCCCUCCUCCCCGCCUCCCCUCCUCCCCUCCUCCCCGCCUCCCCUCCUCCCCUCCUCUGCUCCUCCCCUCCUCCCCUCCUUCCCUCCUCCCCUCCUCCCCUCCUCCCCUCCUCCCCUCCUCCCUUCCUCCCCUCCUCCCCUCCUCCCCUCCUCCCCUCCUCCCCUCCUCCCCUCCUCUCUGUCCAGGCAGUGAGAGGGCUGAGCAUCAACGUGCGCAACAAGUUUCUGAAGAUGGACCAGGCGCUCUAUGUCAACUCCUCUCCACCCCUUCCCGCUCCCCCUCCUCUCUGUCCAGGCAGUGAGAGGGCUGAGCAUGACCGUGUGCAACAAGUAUUUCGAGAUGGACCAGGCGCUCGGCGACCGCUGCCGCCGCCAGUUCCUCCAAGAAGUUUUGGCGUGGUGAUGCUGGUGCUUAUCAUGGGGCGCAAGCCUGUUCUUGGAACGGGGGAAAACGUCAUCAACAUCAAGCAAUGGGUAGCACCACUGCUGGACUCAGAGGCAGUGGCAAAGUUCAAGGACCCUCACCUGGAAGCACCGGAUGAUGUGGUGCUGCGCUUGGCUCGCCUUGCCCUCUCCUGCACUGCCCUGCCUGGGGCCUCUCGUCCCUCCAUGCUCCUAGUGCUGGCUGAGCUGGUGAGGUUGAAGCAGGAGAUGUUUGGAGUGCAGGUUAACGCAGCUGUUUCUGGCAUCGACGUGGAAUCUGGAGGUCCUGAUUGUUCAUUUGACUUGACUGCUGAAAUGGCCCGUGCGAUGCGAGAGGCGGUUAGUGACUCCUCGACAAGCAUGCCAUAG